AUGCUCUCCAUACGCCAGCCCAAUGUGACGACAUUCAGCGAUCUCAGGUCAUCAGUGCGACCGUUCGCAGGCUUGUCACUGCCUCAGAGGGACAAGGAAUGCCCGCCAUGCUUCAAUUGCCAGCUACCGGCGUUCAAUUGCUUGCAAUUUGGAGAAUGUAAUCCUUAUGAUGGCCAGUGUCGCUGUCCAGAGGGCUUCGGUGGCCAGAACUGUAGCGAGCCAUUGUGCGGCUCGCUCGCAGAUGGCAACGAGCGCUAUCCUCGCACAGACGGUCAAUGCGAGUGUCCCUUAGGCUGGACGGGGAUCAAUUGCAAUGUGUGUCAGACCGAUGAGGCCUGUGUACCGCUCGUCGCUGCACCUGAUAGAGGCAAUGGCGCACCCUACAGCUAUCUGCCUGGCUCUGAAGACGCACAGCGCUAUCAGAUAUCGAAGGACGCGUCAGCUGAGCCGCCCAAGCCAGGCGCAAGCAAUGGCGCAGUCUGCUACAAAGGAGGCUACACGGUCAACCGGAUGCAUCAGAUGUGCGAUGUUACCAACCGAAAGAUCCUUGACAUGCUGCCCGAUCGCGCACCGCAAGUCACUUUCACGUGUGACAAUAGCACGGCCACAUGUGGCUUCCAAUUCUGGAUCGGCCAGCUGGAGUCGUUCUAUUGCGGUCUUCGAGACUGUCAAAGCAGCAUCGAGAUCGGCUACGAUGUCAACACGACCGACUACAGGUGUCAGGAGGUCGAAUGCAGCUGUAUUGCCGAACGCAUGCUCUGCGGCGAAGAUGGCUCGGUCGACAUAUCAGACUUUCUCACAGAAGAGAUCAGAGGACCCGGCAGAUUCUCUUGCAAGUCUGACGGAUCUGGCUGCAAGUUCGAGGAGCCAGCGAUGAAUAAUCUCAUCAACGACAUCUUCGGCGACAGCUACAUUACGCUCAAUUGCGAAUCGGGAGAGUGCAUGCACUAUUCCCAGGUGCCAGGCUUCAGGAUACCUGACCCGCCUGACAAUAGCGCUCUGGUCGCAUUCUCGAUCGCAUUUGCCGGUUUGCUCGUCGUCGGCUUCUCUCUGCUCUUUUGGUACUUGGGCCGAGCCCAUAAGCACCCCGACUACCUCGGGCGCGGCACGAUACAGUUGCCAGAAGACGAGACUGACAAGCUCAUGUCGGAGCAUAUCCCAGCUGCACUCCAUUUCGCUGAUCUGACUUAUACUGUCAACGGCAAGACUGUGCUGUCGGGCGUCUGCGGAUCCGUCAAGCCUGGGCAGCUGUUGGCUAUCGUAGGCGCAUCUGGCGCUGGCAAAUCGACCUUCCUAGACAUCCUUGCGAAGAAGGACAAGCGAGGGACUGUCAGCGGGACGGUGCUCGUCAAUGGACGUACCAUCCCAGACAACAAGUACAAGCGCAUCAUCGGCUAUGUCGAUCAAGAGGACACACUCAUGUCGACCUUGACAGUCUACGAGACCGUCUUCUAUUCAGCUCAGCUCAGGCUGCCGCGCGAGAUGAGCUUGGCCGCAAAGCGAUUGCGCACGCUCGAGACUAUGCACGAGCUGGGUAUCCUCAGCAUCAGAGAUUCUCGCAUCGGUGAGACGGGCAAGCGUUCGAUCUCUGGCGGAGAAAAGCGAAGGGUCUCGAUCGCAUGCGAGCUCGUCACUUCACCUUCCGUGCUUUUCCUCGACGAGCCAACUUCGGGCCUGGACGCAUACAACGCAUUCAACGUCGUGGAUUGCCUUAGCGCAUUGGCGAGGAAUUACAACAGGACGGUCAUCUUUACGAUACAUCAACCUCGCAGCAAUAUCAUCUCGUUGUUUGACCAGCUGCUACUCUUGGCCAAGGGCAGGACUGUCUAUUCUGGAUCAUACGAUCACUGUCAGGCGUAUUUCGAAAGCAUCGGUCAUGCCUGCCCGCCUGGCUACAAUCUAGCAGACUUUCUCAUCGAUCUCACGUCAAGAAAGGACGAUACAGAGAUCAGCAAGAGGUCGAGACUAAGUGGUGACGGAGAUGAUGCAGAGCUUGACGAGCCAGCACUCACUUCUCGGCUGGCGCGCUCACAGAACUCCAACUCCGAGACACAGAGACAGCAGAACGGUCAGAGCGUGAUGCAAACCGCGGGCAGCAGAUUCAGCAGACCAGAGUCAUCAUCUCCUCGUGUACAGGAACUCGUAGACACCUUUUCAGCGAGUCACAUGGCUACUGCCUUUCGCGAAGAGCUGUCGACCUUUCAAAACGCGAUCAGCAGCACUUUGGCAAUUGCAGACGGUUCUGCUCUUCGCGAUCUGGAGAUCGACAGCGAGGUGCGAGGUUAUCGCAAGGCCGGGCUAUGGACGCAAUUUACUAUCCUCAGCGGUCGCGCGUUCAAAAACCUAUAUCGCAAUCCGAUGCUUAUGCUCUCCCACUAUGUAUUGUCGGUCGUUCUCGCUCUCGUCUGUGCCUUCNUAACAGGAUGGGUCUCUUCUUCUUUGUUCUGGCACUCUUCGGCUUCUCUUGCUUGA